CUCAGUUAUUGCCUGAAGUUAACAAAUGGCUUUCUGAAUUUUUGACUCCACCUGUUUUAUCUUUACAGAGAGUUGAAAUAGCAAAAGCUCUUUGGUACAAUGCAAAUUUAGUUCCUAAAGAAAACCUUAAUAUUAAUCUAUUACAAGAAAAAAGUGAGAAUGGUUUUUAUGAAGAUUUUGAUGAUUCUUUAGCAGCAAACAUCAAUGAAGUUAUUACAAAUUUGUCUACUUUAUCUAUUAAAGAAGGUCUUUUUUGUCACUAUUUCGCAAAAGUAAUAACAAUUUCUCAAAUUGCAGCUUUUCAUAUUCUUAUGAUUCCACGACGUUGGUAUUCAGAUAAAUAUUAUUCAAAAUCAGAUGAAUCAUUAAGAUCACAAUCAUCAAUUACUUAUAAAAAUAGGAGUGCUAUUUUAACUUCUAACUUCACAUCAAAUUCAACUUUUAUGUACUCGAGUUCUGGUAUUUCUUUUAACACAUCAAAGACACUUAACACUCACUGUGUAUAUAUAAUUACAAAUGGCCUUUGUAAAAAAGCUAUAGCCGUUAGGUUGGAUGCUAGUUCUACUGCAAUGGAAACACUUAAUAAGUUUCUAGAAAAUUUUAUUCAGCAAUUUUCUAUAAAUUCUAAUCAGCACUUGGUCACUAACACUACUUCAAGAGAAAUGCAAGAUGAUAAAUCAAGUGAUUCAGAUGAUGAUCAAGAAAAUGUUAUAUCAUUUGAUGUGUCUAUGGUUCAAGAUCCGGUAGUCAAAAAAAGAAAAGGAGCACCAAAAAUCAAACGUAUUAAAAGUUCACUUGAAACAAAAAAAGCUCAAUCAAAUAUUAGGAAAGAGAAAGCUACACGUCUUUGUUCUCGCU